AUGUUGUUACUGUAUGUAGCCCCUGAUAUAGACAUUGAACUAAAACAAAGAGAAAGCAACACGGUGCAAUACAAGCUUCCAGAUGGGAAUUCUCCCUCAUUGGGGAAGGAGUGUUUUCUUUGUCCAGAGGUGCUUUUCCAGCCAAAUCUGAUUGGAUCCCGUGACCCAGGACUUCCUAUUAUGGUCAUGAACUGGAUCAAUAAAUGUGACAUCAAACUGAAGCGUGACAUGCUACAAAACAUACUAAUUUGCAGCGGCUCCACAAUGUUCAGUGGUCGGUCUUCCUGAAUGGUUGCAGAGCAAGCUCAACCAGAUGGCACCAUGCAGUGAGACUACGGUUGUGGCAUCCCAGGAGGGUCAAAACACAGUGUGGCUUGGAGGUUCCAUCCUUGCCUCCCUGUCCUCUUUCCAGUCACUUUGGAUUCAGAAGAAAGACUGA